AUGGCAAAUCCCUUCCAACAUGGUUCCGCUGGCUUCAAUCCGGAUGUAUCCCAUACGAGUUUCCUUCCCCGCUACCGCAAUUCUUCCUAUGCGUCCGUAGCACCCGGCACUACUGGAGGUUUCGCACCUUCGUCGCAUUCGCCGCUCAACCGCCUCUCCUAUCUCCUCAACCCCCCUUACGAAUUGACGUCCGACCUCUACGCCGCAAAUCCCUCUUCCCAGAGAUACAGUCACAAUAUGGACACCGAUAUGAAUAAUAAUGGGGUGGAUGGGGGGGCAUCGACUAUGCAAUGCCGUGCCCCGCGAUUACCGCCGUUUUCAAGAGCUUUCGAGCCAGUCAUGUACGAUGAAGCUGCGGAAGGUGUUCAUACGAAUGGACACAAGAAGAAUGGGUUUUUUACGCCAUCUUACCUCAAAGGCUCGAAUUAUAUGCAAAGACUAGAGGAAGCGCAGAAGGCGAAACAAGCACAAAAAGACAUACAACAACAAUCGAGAAACGAGUUACCAGUGGGCGUUACAACGACGGGUUCUCUAGCGAAUAAGCCACCGGCAUCUCAUCUGGGGAUGACAUACGAUUUGAUCGAACGAGCCCCCGCCCCUGAAGACGACGACUCUGUACCACCCAUACCUACGAAAUGGAACAAGGACGAUAAACAUGCUUCACUGGAGGUGCUAGCGGAUGGCUACGAGGUAAAAUACGCUGCGAGCCGGAAUUCGAGAGAGCAAGAUCAUGAGACUUGUGCGAUCCGGGCAGAUCAUCCAAUGCCGUGGCAAGCCGGUAUCUACUAUUUUGAGGUUACGCUUUUAUCGAGGAGACGAGACGAUAGCACCACGGUUUGUAUAGGGUUUUCAUCCAAGAACGUUCCGUUAAUACGCCCCCCGGGCUGGGAACCUGAAUCGUGGGGCUAUCACGGCGAUGAUGGCGAUAUCUAUUCGGGACAAAACGUUGGCAAAGCCUACGAAGGCGGUAGCUUUGGACCGCACGACAUCAUCGGGUGCGGCGUCAACUUUAUGACCCGUGAAGCAUUUUUCACCAAAAACGGACAAAACUAUAAAACCGCAUUUCGAGAUAUAAAAGGAGAUCUUUACCCUACGGUUGGCAUGAAAAAGGCGGGGGAACAUAUCAGUGUCAAUUUCGGCCAAAAACCGUUCGCUUUCGGUAUUGACAGCCUAGUAACGGGAGAACAAGCAAAAAUCAAUGCUGCAAUCAGAAGAACAAAUAUCGAGAGAUUAGUAUCACCUCCUCUAGGCGAGACGGAAUUAAUUCAACAACUAGUCCUGCAAUUUUUACAACAUGAUGGUUACGUUGAGACAGCCCGGGCGUUUGCUGAGGAAAUCCAUGCCGAGAAGCAGUCUCUACGGAUUGACCAGCGAACGCCUAUACCAGGUAUCAACAUCAAAGAUGACGAAGAUGCUCAUCACAGACAACGCAUUCGAAGAGCUAUUCUCGAGGGCGAUAUUGAAAAGGCUUUAAAAUACACUAGGAGUUUUUACCCACUUGUAUUGGCCGAAAAUCGCGAGGUAUCCUUCAAGCUGCAGUGCCGGAAAUUUAUCGAAAUGGUACGGAAAUCUGCUGAACUAAGCCAUGCGAGCGCCAAGAAGAGCAAUGGACAUUCAUUUGAUGACACCCCUAACAAGAUGGACGUCGAUGGAAAUGGCUUUCAAGACCAGAUGGAGGAGGACAACCUAGAGCCACAAACAGACCAAGAUCAACUCCUUACGGAAGCCAUUGAAUAUGGUCAAGAACUGCAGGAAAAAUUCAAAAACGAAUCGAACCGUGAAAUCACCAAGACACUAGACGAGGUUUUCUCACUUCUAGCAUACUCGGAUCCGCUCCAAGCCAAGGAGGUUUCACACCUAUUAGACCGUAAAGGCAGGGUGGCUGUCGCUGAAGAACUCAACUCGGCGAUACUUUCGUCUUUAGGCAAGUCAUCAAGGUCGGCGUUAGAAAAUCUCUACGGCCAAACGAGUGUGCUAUUGGAUUACCUGCGUGUGGACGGCGGACCAGGUUCUCUAGUCAGUAUUCAAUCCAUUAUCGAUGAGGUGCCUAAGUUGCAGCCUUUUUAGACGAAGGACGUCUGGCUUAGGUUAUUAUCAUGAUCGUUUGUGCGAAAUAAUUAGCGGUUGAUUUCGCCAGCUCUACCGAUGUUCUCUCCGAGUCGUGAAUUAGCAGAUAUAGAAUACAGGACUCAAUUACUCGAACUCGACCAUGUUCAAUUUCUAGUUCAUACGAAGGCGUUUAUAUCGGAGUUUCCCGGCUUCUUGGUUCUAGCCUCCUGGUCAUUUUUGAGUAGUCAGCAUUGUCUAUUUCGGUAUCCAGGAGAUUUUAGCCUUUGGGAUGUUGUCUGCCUUGUUGUAUCGAGGGCGACUUGUUUCCUACCUUCCAUAUGGAGGACCACUAAAAGGAUACCGAACUUAGGAGAACCUAAUAUUCAACCCUAUGAUUAUAGUCGUCGACAUUUUUGCUCACUGCUGACGGGGACCUUCUCGAGGAAGUGACGUUGCUUUGUCAUAGAUUGGAAUGGGGAUGGCGACACAAGCAUGGGAUGGUAGGGAGGCAGGCUUUAUUGAUUUAUUCGGCGUCCCUUUCCUUUUCUUUCAUGUGUGGGUUACACAAGUUUGUCUCUUCUCCCCUCUUCC